UGUAACGUAAAAGAGGCAGGUAAAAUAUUAUGAAUCCGCCUGCGCGGUCCGAUGGAACUGGCUUUUAAAAGGACCUCACCCCCGACAGCUCGUCUUUCAGGUAUACGUUGAAAGAUCCUUGACCAGCACACAAUACAAGCAAAGCCUGCAUAUCUCACUCUAUGAGGUCCAAACGAACGUUAAAGGAAAGUUCAGUUUAAAUGAGCACGCCGAACAUUGCACACGUGUAUCCGGAGUUUCCUGUAAAGUUCCCUAAUUGUUUGCUCGACAUAAUAUUCCUGAAGAAUUCAAGACUCAUUUGCUGAUCUAUCUAUCUAUCAACACUAUCAACAAUGAAUCCAAUGAAGCCAAUACUGUACAGAGUCGAGACAUACAUCGUGCCCGAGGUGAACAGGGCGCCAGGAUUCUCGCUAGAAAAUGCUAUCAACGAGAUCGACGACCUGAAGGCCACAAAUAAAUUGAAAGACCGAGAGGAUGAAAACGUGUCAGAAAAUACUGCGCAAAGCAGAAAAAAUACAUCGUCCUCACACAAUAAAUUCAUACAAUCUAAAAUAUAUUCUUUAGAACAACCAAUUAAUGACAAUAAUGAAAAUAAAUUAAUUAAAAGACCAACAGACAUCACACAAACGAACGAGGACGAGACUGACAGGCAAUUCAAUAAUAAUAAUUAUGAAUAUAAUGACACGAAUUCUGACGUGCAUAUUUAUUAUGCAAAAGAGUUUCAACCGUCAAUCGAAUCGCAGGAUAUACUCUAUCCCGUGAGACAGUUCAAGAAGGUCAACAGUUUGAUGUCGAUCGACGAGAGGAGCGAGAUAUCCUUGGAGUCCAAAAUAAGCGACUGUUGUCAUCACGGCUUCAAGAAUGGUUGCACAGCGACAAUUCCAUCCCCCGAGGUCAUCAGCGACGAUAUUUUCAAAGAGAAUUGGUUGCAGAAGAUGGAGAUCUUGCGAGAGCGCGAUGCCAUCCUAAAGGAGAAGGAGAUGAACCUGCAGAUAAAAGAGAGGGAACUAUUUAGGAGAGAAAAAGAACUCAGGAUCGGAGAGAGAAUUCUCAACGAGAAAUUAAAACUGGUCGACCAACAGCUACAAUAUCAGAGAGACGUACAACUCGUGGAGGAGAAGCUAGAGAAAGCAGCACGAAUUUUAUUCCAGGAAGUCGAGGAACCCGAAGAACCGGUCAAAGCAGAAAAGCUGCGAGUUCAUCAAUCUCCGGAGAAAACAUUAACUUUGGUACCUGAAACAAUCAUUAAUCCGCAUGAGAAAAAUGAAGAGACUGAUCAAAAAAUAAAACAUCCAACGCAUCCAAAGAACAACCCAUCCAAGCCCUCAACGAAGCUAUCAUCUCUAUCCAAUACAUUUUCCAGGACUCAUUCCUAUGCUAGUGUAAGGUACAAACGGCCCCCUCGCACUAAGAUACGCUACGACGAUCUAAACUCGACGUUGUCAGCGGACAAUGGAGACUCGUCCUUCGUACAAACAUCAAAAUUCUUUAAUCCGCAUCUUUAUAAGAAGCCAGACGCAUUCACAAGAUCGGCGAGUGAACGAUGGCCCAGCAGGACGAGUAACACAUUUGUUACGAGGCCACAAGGAGUGGUCACCAUCGAGGAGAGAGCUGAGCCUGCCAUCGAGGAAGAGAAGGUUUUCCGAAAAUUCAGCGAGAACAUCAUCGCCUCGCAUGACAAGGAUACGAAGUUCCAACAUUACGGUCUUGUGGAUUAUAAAUUGCAUUGUAAACCGGACAACGUUCAAACCAAUGCAACGAAGCCUAAUCCUGGUCCUAGUGAGAAGAAGCCGUUUUCAUAUCUCGAUCUAGCAACCAGCAACAAACAAGGCCAGAAGCGGACUAACGUUUCCAAGGACAGACCAAUCUCUUGGAACGAGAAGGAAGAUGAAUGGCUGCAAAAGAAACGUCUGGCGUAUAACUUAGCGAUGAAAACCUUGGAGAACCUUGAGAACAAAGAAGCUGAGAAUAAAGAAAACGAGUGCAAUAUCGUCGCGGAAAAAGGCGGAAAGAGUUCAAAGAAGAAUAGCAAGAACAAACUAUUCUCUAUAUUUCGAUAGCUCACUUAUUAGUAGCACAUAAAACAAGGAUUCAUCUAAUUUAAAAUUAAUUAAUCACAAGAAAUAGUUCUCUUCUACUCAUCUUAAAGCCAAGAAAGAUCUAUAGAAACUUGUAUAUAGUUUUCCAAUUUAAUAUUUAAUAUUUAAUGCAAUUUUGUAUAGUUAAAUCUGUAUAUAGUUAGCUAUAAAUUUAUUAGUCAUAAGUCUGACAUAUAUAUAUCAAAUUUAUAGUAAAGUAAUUUUGCAAUUCAUUUA